AUGCAGAGAGCGCAUGAUAUACUAACCGGUACAGCCGGUAAAUUGCUUCCUACCACCGGCUUUUACUUCGAAGCCAAGGGAGCACUAACCCCUUUGGAAUUUAUGACCGCUGGGGAUGCCAUAAUCGCAAACGAUCAGAGGUGGGAAUGGGUCUUAGACUACACGGGAGCAGCUAUGGAUUGCCUCCCCGCAGACAAGCAGUUUUUGCGUGCUUAUGAUAUACCAUGUCUAGGACUCCCUAAAUUUGUAACACGAGAACUCGGCGACUGGACGUUAUGCGAUGCUGAUGAACAGAUCCCAUCACCGUCCGAUGUAGCGGUGCAGUUCGGCGACUCGGAUGAUCCGAAGACAUGUAUGGAAAAUCUAUACGAUAACGGCGUAUCUAGCCGUACACAGCAUCGUUAUGACGUUAGCAUUACUUAUGACCGAUAUUACGAGACCCCAAGAAUAUGGCUCAUUGGUUUCAAUGCUUUUGGACUCGCCUUGUCGCAUCACGAAAUGCUGCAAGAUGUGCCGUGUGAAUACGCAGGCAAAACGAUUACCAUAGGAAGGCACCCAUACACAGGAGAACUAAAUAUGACUGUCCAUCCCUGCUACCAAAUGGAGGCCAUGCACAGACAAAAUCACGAUAAGUCAUCUUUCAGGGCCGAAAAUGCCAUCACAUUCGCACUGGAAAUCUGGGCUUCAGUGCUGCCCAGGUUCUGCCUCAAAAGCGAAAUUGCUUUGCAGAAUGCACAUUAA